AUGUCCCAAGCAGACGCAGCAGAAUGCAAGCACCCAGUGCAACUCUUUGGCAUGUGUGCCCUCUGCGGCCAACCUGUCGACACUGAAUCCGAAGAAUCCGCCUCUCUCUCCGUCAUGCACUCCCACGCCGCCGUCAAAGUCUCUGCCGAAGAAGCACAACGCCUUGACUCCGAAACCACCUCCCAUCUCCUCUCCCAACGCAAACUUGCACUCAUCGUCGAUCUCGACCAAACCGUAAUUCACGCAACCGUCGACCCCACCGUUGGUGAAUGGAUGAAAGACGAAUCCAAUCCCAAUUACGAAGCGCUCAAGUCCGUCGGCAAGUUCCGUCUCGGUAUCGACGGAGAAGAGAUCAAAGAUGACGACGACGACUCCGCUCCCAAAGACUCCGCAGCAGCACUAAAAGCAUCACGAGCGUGUUGGUACUACGUCAAACCGCGACCUGGAGUGCCCGAAAUAGUCAAGAAACUAUCAGAGAAGUACCAGUUGCAUGUGUAUACGAUGGGAACGAGGUCGUACGCGAAUUGCGUGUGCAAGCUGAUCGAUCCCGAUGCAAGUAUUUUUGGGAAUAGGAUCUUGUCGAGGGAUGAAAAUGGAAGUUUGGUGAGGAAGAGUUUGAAUAGGUUGUUCCCCGUGGAUCAUAGUAUGGUGGUGAUCAUUGAUGAUAGAGAGGAUGUUUGGAGUAGGAGUCCGAAUUUGUUGCCGGUAGUGCCGUAUGAGUUUUUUGUGGGCAUUGGGGAUAUUAAUGCUACAUUUUUGCCUCCAACGCCGGCUCCGCCCGGUGCAGUACCGGAUGCAGCAGCAGCAGGAGUAGCAGUGGGGGCAGGAGUUGCUUCUACCUCGGCGAGCAAGCUGGAUGAUGCGUCGAGCGCAGCUUCCUCUCCCUCUGCGAAAUCGGAUACAGAUGCAGCGAGCAGCGCUAGUACUACCGCAACAUCUGAUACUACGAUAGAAGAAGCGCUUCAGAAGGCGAGGGAAGAAGGCAAAACGGAGGAGGAAGUAGCACAAGUCCGCGCAACGGCGUUGCAAUUUGCGGCACAAACCGAAAAGUUGCAAAGCAAAUUGGCGGAACAGCGAGAAGCAAGACCAUUAGCAAAGAUGCAAGAGGCCUUGGAUGAGAAACUAGGUAAAACAAAUGGGUCUGCAUCACGGUCUGGCACAGCUACGCCGAAUGGGAGCGGUAGUGCGACACCGGCUGGUGAAAGUUCAACAGAGGCAGAAAGCAGCGAUGCGGUAGCAGCGCAAACAACAGCAGAGGAAAAGACACAAGCAACAGAAAGCAGCACUCCCCCAUCAUCAUCAGAUCGAACAUUACCACCCCUCCCCCCACCCCCACCUCUACCACCACACCGCUCACACGCAGUUCUAGUAGACGACGAUACCGAACUCGACCGAGUCUAUUCCAUCCUCGGCUCCAUUCACACUGAAUGGUAUUCUGCCUAUGACAAACUCCAAUCCCAAACCCCGACCCCAACUACCAAACCAUCCGUCGUAGACCUCAUCUCCGCACAAAAGACAAAGGUUUUGGCUGGUUGCACCAUCGUCUUCUCCUCGAUGAUCCCCACCGGUCACAAUCCCGAGACAUCCGAUCUUUGGGCUCUCGCACGCGAAUUCGGCGCCACCCCCGCGUUCGAAGUAGAAGAAGGAGUCACAACCCAUGUCGUUGCUGCUCGACAAGGCACACUCAAGGUUGUCAAUGCAACGAGAUUGGCGAGGGCGGGGAAGGUCGAGUUAGUCUGGCCAAGCUGGUUCCACGUCUCGACGAGUAGGUGGGAGAGACAGGAUGAAGCGUUGUAUAGGUUACCCUGGGAACAUGAGAUUUUAGAUGCUUUCGAAUGGGCUCAAGCGAGAGUGGCCGAGGAGAAACGGCAGGAGGAAGAGAAAGAGAAAGCUAAAUCCCAAAAGAGGGAGAAAGCGACGCAAGAAAAAGCUCUCGCAGAUGCAGAUGGAGGCGAACAAGGAGAAGCACUCUUUGAAAAUGAACUAAACGAUAUGGAUUGGGGUGCUGCAGCUGACGAAGUCGAUGCAUAUCUAGACUCUGCUACUACGGCUAGUAAUACUUCUUCCCCCUCUCCAUCUAUGCUAGCUACCGAUGGGGACUUGCGGGAGAUCAACGAUGGGGAUGAACCGAUAGUUGGGCUUUCAGAUAGCGUCGGGAGUAAGAAGAGAGGGAGGGGAGAUGGAGAAGGGGAAGAUGGGUUGCAGAAGAAGCAAAGAUCGGCGGAGGGGCAGGGGGAGGGAGAGGAAGAGGAUGACGAAGAUGGUGGUGAUUCGUUUUUGGAUGAUUUGGCGAACGAACUUGAUGGGCAGUUGGAUAAUGAGUAG